AUGACGAAGGGCCAGUUGACGCAGAAAGCUAUAGCUAUGAAAGCGCCCCUUUCUCAUUUUACUCGUCGGAUUAUGAAUGAGAUAUUCAGACGUCAGCUUGAAGGCGGAGAUUCCUUUAUUCUGUCUAGAGUAAAGCUUAGUAGCGAUGCAAGGCAUAGGACUUUCAGGAUAGCCACCAGUCGCUAUGCGCUUUUCGGCGAGUUAGUUAAGCAAUUGUACAUCAAUCCGAAGAUAGAAGCACACCAAGCUAAUCUCACUAGUCUUGACUUUAGCAUUCUUUUCUUUCUUGCUUUCCCUAGUGGAAUGUUUUCCACCAAAUCCGCUUUUGAACUGAUAACUAAGUCUGAAGAGGCCCCCAACCCUGUGUAUGCGAAGCUCUGGAAACUUCAAGUUGCACCCAGAGUUAAAACAUUCAUGUGGACAGCACUCAAGGACAGAGUCAUGACUAAUCAAAACAGGAAGAUAAGACACUUGUUAGGGUCGAUAUGGAUGGACAUGCAAAAGGGAAUUUAUACUGGACUGACCCAUGUGCAAUGCAAGAAGUUCCUUGACUUUGGAACGACUGCCGGAAAGAUGGAAGUUUUAGGAAAGAAUGAGGACUGUCUACCUACUUGGAUCAGGCUUGGCAUUCUAGUGUGGGUAGAACCGGAAGACGACGAAGGGGAUGAACUCUCAGGCUUACUCGAAAGACGUGCCUUCGCGGCAAGUGUUAAGUUUUUGAGUGCUUGCAUGGGUUAA